AUGCCAGUGCGCCAUAACAUAGAUGUAAUGCAUGUGGAGAAGAAAGUCUCUGAUGCAUUACUUUCUAUUCUGAUGCAUAAUGCUAAAUCAAAGGAUGGUUUGAAAGCAAGGAAGGAUUUAGAAGAUAUGGGGAUUAGAAGAACCUUACACUCUGAGGUUCGUGGGAAGAAAACAUAUUUGCCUCCAGCGUCAUAUUGGUUAUCAAAGGCUGAGAAAAUUAGAUUCUGUAGGAGAUUGUCUAAGUUCAGAGGUCCUGAUGGGUACUGUGCGAAUGUUGGUAAUUGCGUUUCAGUAGAGCCUCCUGCAAUUGGUAAUAUGAAGUCGCAUGACCAUCAUGUGCUUAUUCAGAACUUGUUUCAUGUGGCAUUGAGAGGAUUACUGCAUAAAGGACCGAGGAUUGCAGUAAGUCGACUAUGUAAUUACUUCAAUAGAUUAUGUCAGCGUGUUCUGGACCCAGAGAUGUUGCUAGCCUUGGAUUCUGAAAUUGUGGAGACUUUGUGCGUACUAGAGAGAUUUUUUCCUCCUUCUCUCUUCGAUAUUAUGUUCCACUUGCCACUGCAUAUGUCAAGAGAAGCAAGAUUAGGUGGACCAGUACACUUUCGUUGGAUGUAUCCCUUUGAAAGGUACAUGAAAACACUCAAGGCAUAUGUUAAAAAUUUUGCAAGGCCAGAGGCGUGUAUGGCAGAGGGAUAUUUAGCUGGAGAAUGCCUUGCGUUUUGCCUAGAGUUUCUACAAAACUCUUUGCCAGUUCAAGACGUAGUAAACCGUAAUGAAGACAUUGACUCAGAUCAACUCGCGCUUGAAGGCCGUCCUCUGCAGAAGGCUACUCAAGUUACACUUACUGAUAAAGAGCGUGACAUAGCACAUCGGUAUAUUCUAAUGAACACAGCAGUUAUGGAUCCUUAUGUCGAGCUCCAUUUGGAAGAACUUCAGAAUACAGACGCUAAAUGUGCUAAAUACGAAACUGUUUUGUGGAAAUAUCACAACGAAAAAAUUUGCAAAGUGGAUAAGAGACAAGGUAACAAGUACGAAGAAACUAAUGCAGUUGUGGAUCAUUCAACGAGGCUGAGAUGGCUUGGUUUUGGACCAAGACAUAUUGCACAGACCUAUAAGGGUUACAUUAUCAAUGGACAUCGGUUCCAUAUAGACGAUGUCAAGCGGAAGACUCAGAACAGUGGGGUAACAUAUGAAGCAUUCUCCAUGUGUAGGUCUAGUGCUCGAGAUUCUAGACACACCGCAGAUAUAGUAACUUUCUAUGGAGUUGUGAAGGAGAUCAUACUGUUAGACUACCACAUGUUCCAGGUUCCUCUAUUUAGAUGUGUUUGGGCCAACAAAGGGAAUGGAGUGAAAGAGGAGGAGGCGUUUACUUUAGUUAACCUAUAUAUGAAUCAGUCAGCAUUUCUCCAAGAUCCAUAUAUCCUUGCAUCACAAGCUAAACAAGUUUUCUACUCUAGAGAGGAUGACACCUCUCCUUGUGAAGACUGGUCCAGACGGCUUAAACCGCGCAGCAAGGCCCAAAACCGCGCGCACCGGCUGACCGAGGAAUUAUCUUCCCACGGUCGACCUGCGUCCGAACUUCAAUCCGUCCUGCCUAGUGCACGGCCGAGCACGCAUACCGACCUGGGAAGCAAUAGCCCAGGGUCGACCUAUCCAAGUCUCGCCACCAUAAGCCGCGCACGACCACACCUCGAGAACAGGAAGGCAUCGCCCCUUGUUCGUCCCGAUCGCGCAACACAAUCCGUGUCCCGUACACGAUCACACCGUCCGACCAGAACAUUCAAGCCAAUAGCAUCCGCCCGGCCGAACCCGACGAACGAACGAGAAAUCCAUCGGCCACGAUCGUACCGAUGGCCGAUCAUGACCCUAUAG